AUGUAUGUGGUCCCACCUCCUCCGGAUCCGGCUGCCGGAGCUAUGGCAGACUCCGCUGUUGAUGGUGACGAUGGGGAGGGUCAGCUCAGGACUUACCAGGCAUGGAAAGGCAGUAAUAAAUUUUUGCUCCAAGGGAGGCUUAUAUUUGGACCGGAUGCGAGAUCUAUUCUGUUAACUAUCUUUCUUAUUGUGGCUCCUGUUGCUGUUUUCUGCGUCUUUGUUGCAAGAAAGCUGAUAGAUGAUUUUUCUCUUCACUUGGGAAUAUCAGUAGUAUUCUUUGUCAUUGUUCUGACAUUACUAGAUUUAACCUUUCUUCUACUAACAUCAGGAAGAGAUCCUGGUAUAAUACCUCGUAAUGCUCAUCCUCCAGAGCCGGAAGGUUAUGAAGGUCACACUCCACUUACUCCUGGCCAAACCCCACCUUUCCGUUUGCCACGCACAAAGGAUGUUAUCAUCAAUGGGAUAACUGUGAAGACCAAGUACUGUGAUACCUGUAUGCUUUAUAGGCCCCCACGCUGUUCUCACUGUUCCAUAUGCAACAACUGUGUGCAAAGAUUUGACCAUCAUUGCCCUUGGGUUGGUCAGUGCAUUGGAUUGCGGAACUAUCGGUUCUUCUUCAUGUUUGUCUUUACUUCAACAAUUCUCUGCUUAUAUGUACACGCAUUUUGCUGGGUCUACAUUAAGAGGAUUAUGAAUAGCGAGGAGACGUCAAUUUGGAAAGCAAUGUCCAAGACUCCUGCCUCUAUUGCGCUAGUGGUUUACUCCUUUGUUUCAGUUUGGUUUGUUGGUGGUCUUACUGUGUUCCACUCGUACCUCAUCAGUAAAAACCAGUCUACCUAUGAGAAUUUUAGAUACCGGUAUGAUGGGCUGGCUAACCCAUUUGAUAGAGGAUUGAUUGAGAACUUCAAGGAGAUAUUCUGCUCUAGCAUUCCUCCAUCUAAGAACAAUUUCAGGGAAAAAGUUCGAAAGGAACCUGCCAUUCCACCUAGACUGGUAGCUAGUAGUUUUGUCAGUUCAAGCAUGGAAAAAUCUGCUGGUGACAUAGAGAUUGGGAGGAAGCCAGUGUGGGAUGAGGCUGCCGGAGAUGUUGAUGAUUAUGAUGGCACAGAUCCUCCCCCACAGGGUAUGGAAGGGCGUAGCGUCAUGCAUUCUAGACGAUCAAGUUUGGGUAGAAAAAGUGGCAGCUGGGAUAUAUCACCUGAUGUUCUUGCUUUAGCAGCUGGAAUGGGGGAAUCAAAACGGAUGGCUAGUGGCAGUGGUGACAACUUGACAUCAGAUGCCCAACAAUCUAAGAGGCAUACUAAGUUGUAA